AUGUUGGCGGGCCAAAAUUUCAACGGCACGAAUCGCCAUCUCCGCGAAGAUUCGGAUACCGAUGACGAGGUUCUUGCUUCAACUCUGGUCGAAGAGGCACUUCGAGAUGACGGCGACUACGAUGACCUGGAAUCGGCGGGCGGGAGUCUCCAAAUAUCUGGCGAGAAUAUCCAACAGCGAUUAGCUGCAGCAGCUACCCCACUAGACUUUCAAGCCCCCCUACAAAAUCGAUUUGACAGCUACGACAAUUACUGCACGCUUUUUCACUUUAUCCUCAAUUCGGAUGGGCCAGUGGAUCUAGAACUACCGACUUACUAUUGGGCUUGGGAUGUUAUCGAUGAGUUUAUCUAUCAGUUUAACAGCUUCUGCAGCCAUCGCAAUGCCGUGGCUCGAAAGGAGGGCGGUGGUAGUGAGGAGGAGAGAAGGCUGUUGUGUGAUCACCCACAAACUUGGGGGUGUUACAGUGUACUUAACGUUCUCUACUCUUUGAUCCAGCGUUCUCAGAUGAAUGAGCAACUCGCCGCCAUUAAGAAGGGACAAGACCCGAAUGAGGUUGCCGGUGAGUAUGGGUCCCGCCCGUUGUACCGGAUGUUGGGCUACUUCAGUAUCAUUGGGCUGCUCCGGGUUCAUUGUCUGCUUGGCGACUUUACGCUGGCGCUCAAAACCUUGGAUGACAUAGAGUUGAACAAGAAGGCUGUAUUUGCUCGGGUAAUGGCAGCUCAUUUCACGACAUACUACUAUGUUGGGGUCAGCUACAUGAUGAUGAGAAGAUAUGCGGAUGCCAUCAAGGCCUUUUCGCAUAUCCUUGUCUACGUCUCACGGACCAAAAACUUCCAGAAGAAUGCCCAAUUCGACUCCGUUACUAAGAAGAACGACCAAAUGUAUGCUCUCAUUGCUAUCUGUGUAGCUCUCUGCCCUACUCGCCUUGAUGAUACCAUCCAUGCUUCCCUGCGUGAGAAAUACGGUGAGCAGUUUACCAAGAUGCAACGCGGAGGCCCCGAUGCCCUGCAAAUCUAUGAGCAGCUGUUCAUGUCUGCUUGCCCUAAAUUCAUCUCUCCCAUCCCCCCAGACUUUGAUAAGCCGGAGAACAAUGUCGACCCCUCACAGCACCACCUUCGGGUUUUCAUGGCAGAUGUGCGGAAUUCUAUGCUGGCGCCUACACUAAAGAGCUACCUCAAGCUAUACACCACCAUGGAUCUGAAGAAGCUUGCGGCGUUUAUCGAAGUCGAUCCUGAGGUUCUGCGGACCCAGCUGUUGGUUUACAAACAGAGGAGUAGACAGACUAGGUGGAUAGAGGGUGGCUUAUUGGAAGGAGAGACCAUUAAUACCUCUGAUUUGGAUUUCGCCCUGCAAGGAGACUUAAUCCAUAUCUCGGAAGCCAAGGUUGGAAGAAGGCUUGUGGACUGGUACCUCCGCAAUCUUGCAAAGACCUAUUAAGCGAUAUAUGGGCGGAGGUAUAUGGGGUGAAAAAUAGAGGAGGUUCUUGUAAUGGUGUCGCCGGAUUCUUUCUAUUUCAUGGUGUGGGAAAAUGUCAUAAAAAUAAAUGUGAGCAUCAGUGGAUUAGUCGA